CCUGUAUUUUUCCAUUCACCGCAUUGCCUCCUUCUUUCGCUGCCCGGUUACCCGCCAUGUCGGAAAGUGAUUCGGACGAAGGGACCAAAACUUCAACCUGGGUCCCUUACAGAGACCGCGAGGAAUGGAAAGACGUCACCCCUGUCCCCCAGGACGACGGACCCGGUCCGGUGGUGCAGAUUGCAUACUCGGACGAUUUCCAGGAUGUGUAUGAUUACUUCCGGGCAGUCAUGGCUGCGGAGGAAGUGAGCGAACGUGCUCUGGAGUUAACCAAGGAUGCAGCUAGACUGAAUGCUGCCAACUACACUGUGUGGCACUACAGACGGAUUCUUUUGAAAGAACUGAAGAAAGACCUGAAUGCGGAGAUGAAAUACAUUACGGACAUGAUUAUCUCCCAUCCCAAGAACUACCAAGUCUGGCACCACCGCAGAGUGAUCGUGGAGUGGCUGCAAGACCCAUCACAGGAACUGGAGUUCACCGCCCAGAUCCUGAGAAAAGAUGCCAAGAAUUACCACACCUGGCAACAUAGACAGUGGGUGAUAAGGGAGUUUGGACUCUGGGACAAGGAACUGGAUUACAUUGACACCCUGCUAAAAGAAGAUCUCCGGAACAACUCCGCUUGGAAUCAGAGAUAUUUUGUCAUCAACAAUACCACAGGUUACACGAAAGAUGUCGUUACUAAGGAGGUGGGAUACACCCAGGAAUUUAUCAAGAAGGCCCCAAAUAAUGAAAGUGCUUGGAACUACUUGAAAGGGAUCCUGAUGGACUUCGAGCUACACAAGUAUCCAGGACUUCUGGAAUUUUGUCAACAACUUUAUGAUGACCGCUACAGAUCACCAUACCUGAUCGCUUGUAUGAUUGACACCUAUGAAGAGAUGCUGGAGGAGAAUUGUGGAGAGCGUAAAGAGGUGUUGCAGAAAGCUGUUUCGCUGUGUAGAUCCCUGGCGGAGGAAUACGACACAAUUCGUUCAGAAUACUGGGAUUACCUAUCCCGGAUUCUGUCCAAUAAGUAUGGGAACCUGGAGGGCAGCCAGUCUGGAACUAUGGUGCAGGAAACUUCUUGAUGGUCCGUACUCGGAAGAGAACGUGACGAUAGACAAUGAGAGGAUUUCUAAAUAAUUAUUAGAUGUUGAUGAACAACUCUUUGCUGUUAGUCAUACUCCCAGAAAACCUGGUCUCUGCCAUACUGCUAGUUAUGUGACUGUAGAAGAUACAGGGUUCUAAUUUUAGAUGUUGUGUUCUGAAUUGUCUAUCCACAAUGUGCUGUAUAAUGAUAUGGUGUUUUCUGUCCAUCCGAUUGUCGAUCUGGCAGAGCUUUCCAUUUCUAGGACAUACCUAGCUCACACAUUAUAAGAUCAUCACACCUUUAGGAUGGCAUGGGGGUGUAUCACUCCUUUAAGGAGAGGAAAAUGUCAUGCCCCAUUUAAAGGUAACAAUGACAUCAUUUUCAAAAUGCAUAUCUGUGAUCAUAUCAUCAAAUGGCACAUUGUCAGGGGAGGGGGCAUGCCCCUAAACAAAACUCAAAACUGAUCGUUACUGCCUCAUUUUGGAAUGUUGCUGUGCAUACUUUCAAUAUAACAUCUUAUAUUAAGAAUUUUUAUCAAAUGUCAGAAUCUUGUUCUGGAUUGGCGUAUCCUGUCCCGGCUGUGUACCAGAUAUGAUGUAUGUCUUUGAAGGUACCCUGAACUUUGAGGGAUUUUAAUUUGUAUGUCAUGCUUAUUUAUGAGUGAAAAGCAAAUUAAUUUGAUAUACAGCCCUUGGAAGAUUGAUAACAAAUGAACAAUUGAACAAAGUAUUUCCCAUGAUUUGAUAUGGAAUAUUGGAGCCAUUAUGUCGUCUCUGAUUUCAUCACAGAUUUAAUAUUUAGUAUGUUCAAUUAGAUCUCGUUUUCUGCAUUAACUUGGGCAACACUCAGUAAAUAAUGACUAAGGUAGGUACCUGUAUCAGAUAUAGCGAGUGCAGACUCUUGGCACCGUUUUUUGAAAGUGGAAGGGGGUGGGGAGAAAUGUAGAAAAGGUUGCUUUGAUAUUUGUGUCAAAAUUUUUAAAACCACAAAAUCAUGGAGGGGGAUGUUAUACUUCAAUACAUGAGUGCAAUGCAUUGUUUUUUUUUCCACUACCAUUCACCACUACUAUAAAAAGAGUGACCAGCUACAUGUAAUAAAUCGGUCUUUGUCUGUAAAAAUAACAAACCUUGUAUGUGAUGAUAUCUCACCUGUCAACACUUUGAAAAAUAGUCCACAAAUCAGUCAGAUAUUUUUAUAUCAGCAAUUAAUGGUCUCUAGCCAUCACUAAUUUGUAUACAAGUGUUGUCCAAGUACAGGGAUAGACAUUCACUUUUCAUCUCACUUACCCUUUGAGCAAGUAAACUCGGAAGUUUUACCUGUCCAAACGAAAAACCUAGUUCGAAAUAUUAUAUCCAGUUAUUCUGAUUAUCUCUGUCAAUUGGUGAUACAGUACAAUUUACUAGAAUGGGCCUUUGCUAUAUAAUCUGAUGAUUCGUUAAAGAAAACAACAAUACAUGUAUAUGGAGUUGGACUUUACUUUCUAAUAUUUACUAUUCAUCAUUAACACAAUUAUUAUAAUAAUCACAUUUCCUACUGAAAAAAUCACUUGCCCCAUCGGGCAAGUAUGUAUUGAGUUUCACUUGUCCGUACUGGGUUUUCACUUGCCUCGGGCAAUCGGACAACUGUUAAUGUCGAUCCCUGAAGUGAUGCAUAAUUUGCAUAAAUUCUUGAUGGUUUCAAAUGUAAUAGUUCCGAUAUUCCAUAUUAAUACACAAGCUCAUGUUAUAUAAUGAAUUCUAUUCUGUUAGGCAUGCUCUGUUCUAUUGUUCAACUGUACACGGAGUCUCUGUCUGAAUUAUAGAUAUGUUAUAUGUAUGAAAUUUUAAUGUUUGACAAAAAACUCCACAUAGGUAUUUCAUUGUGAAGGCAGACUGUAUGUGAAGCAUUUCGAACAAUAAUUAUAUCAAUUCUUCAAUAUUGAUAUUCCCCAUGUUUGGUGCAUGCAGUAAUAUUCUAAUUUAUUGGCAAGGUGACAGGAAGGUUAAAGAAGACCAAAUUGGUGAGAUUUUUUAAAAUAAUAUAUGUAUGACAGUCCUGUGUGUUCACGGAGGCAUUGAUUUAGGAGUGCUGCUAGGUUUGUUUAAUUUUGUAUUGACAUUCCAAUCCUACCUACCCACCUAUCCUCUAUAAUGAUGAUUUGGAUGGGAAGCCUUGUACAUUUUACCCAGUUCUGUAUACAGCCCAAUGACUCAGUAAUAAAAAUUCUACCAGAA